AUAAAAUCUGCUAAUUUUAUUUAGUCGAUUAGAUUAUAAUAGAUUCAGCUUCAGUCGAUUUUAUUACAAAUAAGUUUCCUUACUGAAAGGAAAUUAAACUUGUUACAAGUCCAACUAAUAGACAGAUAAAUUGUACAAGAGAAAUCAGGAAAGGCCGGCCCUGAAGCCCAGCUCCAAUGCAAUCGAACUCUGCCGAGCCCACACACAGCUUCAGGUUCAGUCGGUCGGUGUUGAGUUGUACAUGUACUAGUACUACCGCCUGUUGAUGUUAUUGCAAGAAACAGAGAGAGGGAAAAGAAAGGAAAGGCACUUUCCCUAAUCUCGACGCCUGCCAGCCGUUUACUUUUCAAACAAAUGCAAAAUGAAGCAAAGGGGAAGAGGGGCCUUCUCGUAACUUCGCACCUAAACCAAUCUCCUUCCUUCCUUCCUUCCCCCUUUAUAUAGUCGUCCCCAAAAACCCCCUUCCCCCAAACCCGAAAUCCCAUCCUCCAUCAUACAUCCCCGCCGAUUCCUGCGCGGCGACUCUCUCACUUCCGACUGACCAAAUUCGAAUUCCGGCGGGCGGAAACGAAUUGACCCGAGAUGGCGUCGGAGCUGAUAUUCAGAGGCCAGAACGAGUCGCAUCAAGCGGCCGACUCUUACUCCCCGAAGCCACCGAAGCCGUGGCUGCUCACCCUCCGUCCCAUCCGCUACAUCCUCCGCGAGCAGCGCCUCCUCUGCGUCCUCGCCGGCAUUGCCAUCGCCACCGUCAUCUUCGCCCUCCUCCCAUCCGGCGGCCACCGCCACACCGAGCCGAUUUCGUUCGACUCCUCCUCCUCGGCAUUCACCCACCCGAUGCGGCACAAGUACUACGAGCCGGCUAUGGUCUCGGGGAGGAGCACGGGAGGCAAGAUCCCGCUGGGGCUGAAGCGGAAGGGGCUUCGGAUCGUGGUGACCGGCGGUGCCGGGUUCGUCGGGUCGCAUCUGGUGGACCGGCUGAUCUCCCGAGGGGACAGCGUGAUCGUGGUGGACAAUUUCUUCACCGGGAGGAAGGAGAACGUGAUGCACCACUUCAAGAACCCGAGGUUCGAGAUGAUCCGGCACGACGUCGUGGAGCCGCUGCUGCUGGAGGUGGACCAGAUCUACCACCUGGCGUGCCCGGCGUCGCCCGUCCACUACAAGCACAACCCGGUGAAGACGAUCAAGACGAACGUGGUGGGGACGCUGAACAUGCUGGGGCUGGCGAAGCGGGUCGGGGCCCGGUUCCUGCUCACCAGCACCAGCGAGGUCUACGGCGACCCGCUCCAGCACCCGCAGGUCGAGACCUACUGGGGCAACGUCAACCCCAUCGGUGUCAGGAGUUGUUACGACGAAGGGAAGAGAACAGCGGAGACACUGGCCAUGGAUUAUCACAGAGGAGCCGGUGUUGAGGUGAGAAUUGCGAGAAUUUUCAACACGUAUGGACCCAGAAUGUGCAUUGAUGAUGGGCGCGUGGUUAGUAAUUUUGUUGCUCAGGCGCUUAGGAAGGAGCCCAUGACCGUAUAUGGCGACGGCAAGCAGACCAGGAGUUUCCAAUACGUCUCUGAUUUGGUGAGUUUGAGCCACACUACCACCACCCUUCUCUUUCUUUACUCUCUCUAGUCUUUUGCUUCUGCUCUACUCCAUAUUCUGCAUCAUGAGAUUAUUAGGUAACAAACAAACAUAUUAUAUUAGACUAGAGGAAAGGAGGAUGGUGACAGUACCAUUACAGUGGUAGCAGUUGGAUGAAAUGAUCUUUGGUUUUGCUGAUGAACUAAAGGAGAACAACACAACAUACGCCCUCUCUGUCGGCAGUGUCUAGCUUUUGGUUGUACAGAAUCGUCACAUGUAGCAACUGAAUUUUGCUUGUUUGCUGUUUAUUUGUUGGGAUUUGACGUUUCUCCCUUUUGGCGGGUACACCACUGCACUACCCUACGAUUUCUGAACAAAUAAAUGCCACAUGUGAUUUGCAGAGGCUGCCUUUAACUUUUUCUUCCUUUCAACUAUUGGAUUGAAUACUGCUAAAUUUUUUACAGGCCACACAUAGAUAGAUACCCACUGUUUCUCAGUUUGCUACUUUAUUUCGUUAUCGUUCCUAUAUUAGUGUCAUGGUUUAAUAGGUUACGCUAGAUAAUAUGAGGAUAUAGAACUAACUGAGUUCAAAACCCCAUUUGGAAAUUUGUGAAAUCUGCUGUUCCCACAAUGCUGGGAUGGUGGUGGGGACUCUUGCAUUCAAUUAUAAUGGGGUCUCCUCCUCUCCUUACUCUGGGACCAGAGUGUAUUAAAUUAUUUAGGAAUAGGGAUGGUCCUAAGUCCUAACAUUACCAUUACAACAACUUAGUUUUCUCAGCUCCUGAUGUGGCUUUCUGACUGUUAUGUAAUGUGGGUUAAUGUUGGCCAAAAAUAAAUUUUCAGGUUGAGGGUUUGAUGCGGCUGAUGGAAGGAGAGCAUGUCGGACCUUUCAAUCUUGGCAACCCUGGGGAAUUUACCAUGCUUGAGCUUGCACAGGUGGUACAGGAAACGAUCGACCCCAAUGCAAAGAUAGAGUUCAGGCCAAACACUGAAGACGACCCACACAAGAGGAAGCCAGACAUCACCAAAGCCAAAGACCUUCUUGGCUGGGAACCCAAAAUCUCCCUCCGGAAAGGUCUCCCCCUCAUGGUCUCCGACUUCCAGCAGCGCAUCUUCGGCGACCACAAAGAAGGCAGCAGCACCACCGUCGCCACCACCACCACGGCGGCAUCCACAUCCUAAGUUUGGUUGAGCAAUGUCUCUACCGCCAAAAGACUGAAGGCGGCAGAUGUGUUGUAUAAUUGUUGAGUCAGAUAGCAUAGCCGGGAGUGGAUUUGGCGCUAACCCCCAAUUCGAAAACAAAAAUACGAAGCAGCCUUGUUUUAGGCUGGCAGAAGAUCAUCCUCCACCAGGCUAUACCCCUGUUUUGUUUGUAGAAGAAGAAUACUAUAUGGGUAUGGGAGUUCAGUUUGAGGCUCUAUUUACCCAAAAAUAUCUCUAUGAUUUAUUAUGAUGAGCUCUCUUGUAUUUUGCAACAUUUUCAUUACCAGACAUUAUGCUGUAUCUCUCUAUUGUACUUCAUACUUUCUGUAUACUAUAUAAUUGAGUAAUAUGAUUAGUAGCUCCUCCAUUCCGUCU